CGGGCUGUCUCUGCAAACUACAGCUCCCGGCAGUCUGUGGGGCGGCCCGCGACCGUGGUCGGGGGGCCGUGGUGGGGCUCCCUGGUGGGCUAGAGCUGGAGAGGCGGCCUUGCUAAGCACUGUUGGGGGGCGGAGGACGGCGGGUUGCAGCUGGCGCCUCGGUGGCAAGCCGAGGUUCCACUGUCAGCCUCUGCGCUGCUCAGAGCCGGGUAUUCCUGGGCCGAACGAGCGCGGAAACUCCGGGCAAGUGGGGGGCCGGGCCGGGCGCCCUCCCAGCGCCGGGGGCGGUGGCACGGGGCCUAGGGGGGCCUGAUCAUCCUGACGAGGCUGCGGUCUUGUCGGCCGACCUCGGCCCUUCAGCGCGACCGGCUUUUAGUCCUUCCCCCCCUGGACCCAGCUCGUGCCCGUUGCGCGUUCUCGGUGCGUGGGGGUGAUGCAGCGUGUCCCAGCCACCAGACCCAUGGGAGCUUUUUAAGGCGACCAGCGGCCUCUGUCCCUUCUCAGAUGUUAACUGCGUCUCAGCACCCCUGGCCAUAGGGUUGGAUCUCCGGGGGCUUUCAGAAAGGAAGGUCAGCACGGCGGAGCCCAGUCCCAAGUCUCCAAGCAUCAGGGCUCCUGCCCGAUUCUCAAGGCGGGUGGGGGACACUGGACCUCCAGACAGCCUGGCUCCCUGCCUUCCUGUUUGGUUUGCUGUAUUCUAUGUUGGCAAUGGCUGCUAGUUUCCCACAGGAAGUUUUGGCCCAGGAAGCAAAUUUGUGGCCCAGGAAGUAGCAACUAAAUGCCCGGGAUGCUGACUAAAGGCUUCUUUGUGUUCUAAGGUCUUUGAACAACCCCCCCUCACCAUGGACCUGGACCCCCAUGCAGGUGUGCAGGUGGGCAUGCGUGUGGUACGCGGAAUGGACUGGAAAUGGGGCCAGCAGGAUGGAGGUGAGGGCGGUGUGGGCACCGUGGUGGAGCUUGGCCGCCAUGGCAGCCCCUCGACCCCCGACCGUACAGUUGUCGUUCAGUGGGACCAGGGCACACGUACCAACUAUCGAGCUGGCUACCAAGGUGCCCAUGACCUGUUGCUCUAUGACAACGCCCAAAUCGGUAUCCGCCAUCCCAACAUCAUCUGUGACUGUUGCAAGAAACAUGGGCUUCGUGGCAUGCGUUGGAAGUGCCGUGUCUGCUUUGACUAUGAUCUCUGCACGCAGUGCUACAUGCACAACAAACAUGACCUUACCCAUGCCUUCGAGCGCUAUGAGACAUCUCACUCCCGCCCGGUUACGCUGAGUCCCCGACAGGGCCUCCCUCGAAUCCCACUGAGGGGCAUCUUUCAAGGAGCAAAAGUGGUACGAGGCCCUGACUGGGAAUGGGGCUCACAAGAUGGAGGGGAAGGCAAGACAGGCCGUGUGGUGGACAUCCGUGGCUGGGAUGUGGAGACAGGCCGAAGUGUGGCCAGCGUAACAUGGGCAGAUGGAACCACAAAUGUGUACCGAGUGGGCCACAAAGGCAAGGUGGAUCUCAAAUGUGUUGGUGAGGCAGCUGGCGGCUUUUACUACAAGGAGCACCUCCCGAAGCUUGGCAAGCCAGCAGAGCUGCAGCGCAGGGUGAGUGCUGAUGGCCAGCCCUUCCAGCGUGGGGACAAGGUCAAGUGUCUGCUGGACACAGAUGUCCUAAGGGACAUGCAAGAAGGCCAUGGUGGCUGGAACCCUAGGAUGGCAGAGAUGGGCACCGUGCACCGCAUCACAGACCGUGGGGACGUGCGUGUGCAGUUCAACCAUGAAACCCGCUGGACCUUCCACCCUGGGGCUCUCACCAAGCACAACAGCUUCUGGGUGGGUGAUGUGGUCCGGGUCAUCGAUGACCUUGACACUGUGAAGCGACUGCAAGCUGGACAUGGAGAAUGGACUGACGACAUGGCCCCCGCCCUGGGCCGAGUGGGGAAAGUGGUGAAGGUGUUUGGAGAUGGAAACUUGCGUGUGGCGGUUGGUGGCCAGCGGUGGACCUUCAGCCCCGCCUGCCUAGUGGCCUGCCGGCCUGAGGAGGAUGCCAACCUGGGCGUGGCUGAGCGCGCCAGAGAGAACAAAAGUGCGGCAUCCGUCCCAGUGGCUGGUGGGAGGCAGGGCCGCCCCUGGCCAGCACUUACCCCAACCCUGCCCCCAGGCUCACUGAGUGUGGCCCUGGACAAGCUUCGGACACAGAAGAGCGACCCAGAGCACCCAGGGAGGCUGGUAGUGGAGGCUGCACUGGGAAAUGUAGCCCGGGCCCUGGACCUGCUUCGAAGGCAUCCGGAGCAGGUGGACACCAAGAACCAGGGUAGGACUGCCCUGCAGGUGGCUGCUUACCUGGGCCAGGUAGAGCUGGUACGGCUGCUGCUGCAGGCAAGAGCAAGUGUGGACCUGCUGGAUGAGGAGGGCAACACUGCCCUUCACUACACAGCCAUGGGGAACCAGCCUGAGGCCACAAGGCUGCUCCUGAGUGCCGGAUGUGGGGUGGAUGUUCAGAAUGGCACACGCAGCACAGCCCUACAUGUGGCUGUACAGAGGGGCUUCCUAGAGGUGGUAAAGAUCCUGUGUGAACGUGGUUGUGAUGUCAACUUGCCGGAUGCCCAUGCAGACACACCCCUGCAUUCUGCCAUCUCUGCGGGUGCCGGUGCCAGCAGCAUUGUUGAAGUCCUCACCGAGGUGCCUGGCAUCGAUGUCACUGCUACCAAUAGCCAGGGCUUCACACUGCUGCACCAUGCAUCCCUCAAGGGCCAUGUGCUAGCAGUUAGAAAGAUUCUGGCAAGAGCCCGGCAGCUGGUGGAUGCCAAGAAGGAGGACGGCUUUACUGCGCUACAUCUGGCAGCUCUCAACAACCACCGUGAGGUGGCCCAGGUCCUAAUCCGAGAGGGCCGCUGCGAUGUGAAUGUGCGAAACAGGAAGCUUCAAUCCCCACUGCAUCUGGCUGUGCAGCAGGCCCACCUGGGGCUCGUACCGCUGCUGGUGGACGCUGGCUGCAGUGUCAACACUGAGGAUGAGGAGGGUGACACAGCCCUGCAUGUGGCACUACAGCGUCAUCAGCUGCUGCCCCUGGUGGCUGACAGGGCUGGGGGAGACCCAGGGCCCUUGCAGCUGCUGUCAAGGUUACAGGCCUCAGGCCUCCCAGGCAGCACAGAGUUGACUGUAGGCGCCGCAGUGGCCUGCUUCCUGGCAUUGGAGGGUGCUGAUGUGAGCUACGCAAACCACCGCGGCCGGAGCCCACUGGACCUGGCCACAGAAGGCCGAGUGCUCAAGGCCUUGCAGGGCUGUGCCCAGCGCUUCAGGGAGCGACAGGCAGGUGGCGGUGGGGGUGUGCCCCCGGGCCCCCGGCAUGUGCUGAGUACUCCUAACACCGUGACGAACCUGCAUGUGUCUGGCACAGCAGGGCCAGAAGCUGCCGAGUGCCUGGUGUGCUCGGAGCUGGCAUUGCUAGUUCUGUUCUCACCGUGUCAGCACCGCACAGUGUGUGAGGAGUGUGCACGAAGGAUGAAGAAGUGUAUCAGGUGCCAGGUGAUCAUCAGCAAGAAGCUACGCCCAGAUGGUUCAGAGGUGGUUAAUGCCAUCCAGGUGCCCGGCCCGCCUCGGCAACUGGUAGAGGAGCUACAGAGUCGCUACAGGCAGAUGGAGGAGCGCAUCACCUGCCCCAUCUGCAUCGACAGCCACAUCCGCCUGGUGUUCCAGUGCGGCCAUGGAGCAUGUGCGCCCUGUGGCGCUGCCCUUAACGCCUGCCCCAUUUGCCGCCAGCCCAUCCGUGACCGCAUUCAGAUCUUCGUGUGAGCGCACUACACACGCUGUGGCUGAUCCCAGGCUCUCCUUCAAAACCCCUGUAUUUUAUAAAAAGAUUAUCGGA